UCUCUGUAGGCCCCGCGGAGAGCCCGACCGCCCGCCCUCGCAGGCAGGACCAGUCGGGCCGCAGCCCCGCCUCAGAGAGCCUAGGCCCGGGCGCUGUCUCCACCCUCCCUUGGGCUCGGAUAUGGGACAAAGGUGAGAAGCCCGGGAGGGAACGCCGCCGCCUCCUCCCUCUCCAGCCCCAGCCACUGUUGUGAGGCUGGCGCUGAGGGACUGGCUGCAGCCAGGAUCGCCAGCAAGACAAGCCAGGAGGGGGAUGAGCCCCGUGUACCCCCCUUUGCUCUGUGUCGCUGUCCCACAUAGUGGAAGUAUCGUUGGCAAGGAUAGCCGUAGUUUGAGAGGACUGACUGUUCAGAAUCUCCAGUACAGUGGGAGAUACACACUCUGGGAUAGCUCGCUGCCUCUGGGGAAGAAAAGUUGUUUAUCAUGAAUAUGGAAAACCAAGUGACUGAUUCUUCUGAAGAGCGUACAUUCCAGUAUCAGAGAAGUCUCCCUUCCCUUCCAGUUCCUGCUCUUGAUGAAUCUCUAAAGAAAUACCUCGAUUCAGUAAAGCCUUUCCUAAACCAAGAAGAAUAUCAAAGAACUGAGAGCAUAGUAAAAGCAUUUGAAAAUGGGAUUGGAAAGGAACUACAACAAAAAUUACUUGAAAGAGCUAAAGUGAAACGAAAUUGGCUGGAAGAAUGGUGGCUGAAUGUGGCCUAUCUUGAGGCACGUAUAUCAACACAAAUCUUCCAUAAUUUUGGAGGUCCAGGCCCUUACCUUGAACACUACUGGGUGCCGAAGGAAGGGAGUCAGAUAGAAAGAGGAAGCCUAAGUGCAUGGCAUACCUUGAAAUUCUGGGAAUUAAUAAGAACGGAAAAAUUGCCUGUACACAGAUCGGGUAACGUCCCCCUGGACAUGGAUCAGUUCCGGAUGUUGUUUUGCACAUGCAAGAUUCCAGGAAUUACUCAGGACUCCGUUGUUAAUUAUUUCAGGACUGAAACGGAAGGGGACUGCCCAUCUCAUCUGAUAGUAUUGUGCCGAGGUCGAAUUUUUGCGUUUGAUGCUGUGCACGAUGGUCAGAUAUUGAGCCCACCAGAGAUUUUUAGGCAACUUACUUACAUCCAAAAGAGGUGUUCCAAUGAACCGAAGGGGCCAGGAUUAGCUGCCUUAACCUCUGAGGAGAGAACACAGUGGGCACAGACACGUGACUAUCUUAUUAACCUGAAUCCAAAAAACCUGUCCCUGUUGGAAAAAAUGCAGACCAGCUUGUUUACAAUCUGUCUGGAUGAAGCAAGUCCUCAGGCUACACCUGAAGAUUAUACACAGGUGACCAAGUUGGCUCUAGCAGGAGAUCCAACAAUACGCUGGGGAGACAAAUCCUAUAACCUCAUUGUGUUCUCAAAUGGGACAGUGGCCUCACUCUGUGAUCAUUCUCCGUUUGAUGCCAUGGUUGUGGUAGUUCUCUGUUCUUACAUUGAUCACAAGGUCAUUGAAUCGGAGGGAAGAUGGAAGGGAUCAGAUAAUGUGCGGGAUAUUCCUUGGCCAGAGGAACUUGUUUUCAGCUUGAACCAGAAAAUCCUAAAUGAUAUCACUCAUGCUAAAGAGAAGUAUUACAAGCAGACAUCUGACAUGCAGCUUGUGAAUUAUGCCUUCACAUCCUUUGGCAAAUCACUAAUCAAGAAGCAGAAGCUUCAUCCUGAUACGUUUGUUCAGCUUGCUCUCCAGCUGGCCUAUUAUAAACUUCAUGGACACCCAGCUUCUUGCUAUGAAACUGCUAUGACUAGACGUUUUUAUCAUGGCCGGACGGAGACUAUGAGGCCAUGUACUGUGGAAGCUGUUGAAUGGUGCAAAUCCAUGCUAGAUCCACACUGUACUCCUGGCCAACGACUGCAACGCCUGCUGAAGGCAGUUUCAAAGCACAAUAAACUGAUGAAAGAGUGUGAGAAUGGAAAAGGAUUUGACCGCCAUCUUUUGGGCCUCCUCCUCGUGGCCAAGGAUCAGUGCCUUUCGGUGCCAGACCUUUUCUUGGAUCCUGCUUUCCCCAGAAGUGGGGGAGGUGGAAACUUUGUGCUGUCCACAAGCCUGGUAGGCUACACGAGAGUGGGAGGAGCAGUGGUUCCUAUGGUGCAUCAUGGUUAUGGCUUUUUCUAUAGAAUUAGAGACGACAGGAUUGUUGUGGCCUGCAGUACCUGGAUUUCAUGCUCAGAUACAGAUGCAGAAAAACUGUGUAAGAAUCUGUUUGAGUCUUUUCAGGACAUUAUCCAGUUAACUGCCACAGCCCAGUUGUAGAGAAGACUCUGAAAUAAGUGUCUUUGUUUCAUUGUGCAUUACUAUGUAUACCAAGCACUUGCAGAUGGAAAGGAUUGCCAAGCAGAGUGUUUUAAUUGGGCACAGUGAUAGUUUAGCACAGACUCUAGACAGAAAUAAUGCAAAGCCUUUUUUAAAACUGAGAUUUACUGCAAUAACAAUGCAACUUUCCUUGAAUAAGUUCGCAACAGCAAUGCAAAACUUGACAACCUUACAUUAGAAACUAUGCAACUUUAAUUAAGCCUCAACAAUGCAAACAUUAUUCUAUCUGUGGAAGCUUAGAAAACAGUUUAGACUUAACGUGUUUUUAGAACCUUCCUAGCGAUAAAGUGUACAAGAUGGUAAUAUUCAAAUUAUGCUAGUUUAUAUUGAUGCAUGUACACUGGAUCUUACGUAGCCAUUCCAGAGAGAAUGAGUCAUAGUGCCUUUCUAUAUGGGAUGUUGAUCAUGUACUUUUAUAACUUCUAGCUUCUGAAGUAAUCAAGAAAAAUAUUGGAAUCCUUGGGAUUUUUGUUUUAUGUACAUUGUAGCUACUAUGUUCCCAUUUUAUGCAGCGAGAUUGUUUCCCCCCAAGAACUUCUGUACAAAUAUAAAAGGAGAAAAUUCUGUGACUUGAAAAACAUUGUUUUAUAUUUUAUUUUUCCAAACAAAUAGUAGAAAGUAAAACAGUACUUGAAAGUUUACAAAUAUAAAUGUACGAACUAUAUAUGCCACUGCUGCUCUCUCUCUCUCUCUCUCUCUCUGUAGCUUGAUAAGUUUCUCAGGAUUUAAGUCUUCCUUGGUAUCUUGAGGGGAGAAGUGGGAGGCUGUUGUAUCGACUAUGUCAUUUCCUCUCUUUGAAAUAAAGCCACCUCAAAAGA